UGUACUCCAUAAAAUCUUCCAUUCCGAUUGUUAGUGACCUUGGUAGUAAAUCAUCAACUUCCUUCUCAAUCUUCUUCCAAGUAUUGGAAGUUUACUUCAGCUGUGUAGGAUCAUGUAUUGCCUCCAAAAUGCAUUUCCAUUCAACGUUCUUUGUGAACAAAGGUCUACUAGAGGAAAUAAUUGUAUUCACGAUAGUCAGAAUGCCAAAACUAUUGAUAAAAGGAGCAAAUGGAAUUGAAAUGCACAUUGAAUGUGAUGAAGCAACAAAGGAAUGUCUUAUAUCUGGUGAUACAGACCCUCAAUUAAAGGACAUGAUAGUUAAAAUGCUCAUCGCGCAGCAAUGUCCCGAGCCCACGGUAUCACCAGCUUUGGAAGGAACUUUUCAAAGAACACCUUCAGCAACAUCAAGUGUUGAUAAUUCAAAUCCUAAAUCUCAGGCUACACCACAGUUGAAAGCACCAGGUUCAUCUUCAUUCACCCCACCAUGUCCAUCUCCACCCGUGGCUCCUCCCCCCUCAAGUGCCUCAUGUAGCUCAUCCUCAAGUGAUGAAAUCUCAGCUGCCAGUGUGCAUGUGUGGAAAGAUAAACAGGAGGAUAUGCUUGUUCACCUGCGUCAUGAGAGGCAAGACUUGUUUGAAAAAAACCCAGAAAUCAUGGAACUUUAUGGAACCAAAUACCAAAAGAUUUGUCCAACAUUUUUCACAUGAAAAUAACACCAACACAAGCCUUAAACAAAUACAACAACUUAAAGAAGCGAUGGAAAGAAAUUAUUGAUUCGGGAACGGGGACAGAAAGAAAGUAUUUCCGGUUGAAAGAGGAGUUCGAUUUAAUGUAUGGAACGAUACAAUAAUCAAAACCGUCUUUUAUAAUGGACAGCAUUACCGGUAGUACAUGUUACAACAGUGAGUCAAAUGAAUGUCCUUUUAGUGAAAAAACAAAAACCACCUCAACCAAUUCAAAGAGUCCAAAGAAGAAGGCGCAAAAAUGUGCAAAAAAGAGGAAACAGGCCCAAGAAAUAUUGGACCACCUUGAUGUUAAAGAAAAAAAAAUUCAGUGAGAAAAUUGAAAAAUUCCAUGCAGAAAAGAUGCAAAGAAUGGACAUGUUUCUUGAUUUAUUUGAGAAGUGUAUUGAUAAAAAUGGAAAUUAAUCUUCUGUACAUUUGCAGACUAGGCUAUUUUAAGGUGCUGUAUACUUAUAGUGUGUUGAUUUGACAAAAUUAUACAAGACUCAGGAUCAGAUUGAUCAUUUUAUGGAGUCACAUAGGUGACUUACUAUUAUUGGUCUUUAGUAUGUUUAUUUGACAAAGUUAUAAAAGACUCGAAUGAUAAUGUUACAUAGGUGACUGUUAUUUGUCUUCAAUAUGUUUGACAAAGUUAUACAAAGCCCAAAUAUGGGGUUUUCUUUAUAUCAAUCAUCCAAGCAGGUUGUUGAUAUCAGUAUUUUUUAAAUAUUACUUUUUUAUAAAUCUUGUUAUUGUUUUUUAAGUUCAUUACACAUAAAGAUAUAUGCGUUUGUUACAAUCAAAUAUUUGAUUAUAAAUUUUGGAAAAAAAAGUUUCUUGUCUUCAGUAGUGUUUUGUGAAACUAAAUAGUACAUAAAGUUUUCUUGAAUUACAGAAAAUUUGGACUGCAGUUUAUCUAUGCUGCAUUGUCAAAUUAAACUGUUGGGGUAAAAGUUUGUUGGAGAAUCACAUUAUCAU